GUACGUAUUUCUUUUGCUCGCUCUUUGUUCUAUAACGAGCGGAAGCAACACGCAAAUUACUUCUUCCUUUGUUGUCGUUGUUGACUGACGGAGCGAGUGCAGCAGUCCGCUUUUAAUACUCAGCUGCCGUGCAACAACCUCAUCAACCUGUGUCUGUUGAGUGAUAUCUCAAAACACAUUCGCUGUCGGAAGAAUGGGUGUUGAGCUUCGAGAAGGCUUCCCCGACGCUGGCGGUGACGUCUGCAGCACCUUCUUCAGCUCUGUUGACCUGUCUGACAAACUCUGGGGCAGCAUCGAGCGCCUGGCGCACGCCGAUGAUGUGACCUUCUGGACGGUGUUGGCUAACCACGAGAAGCUCCCUGUUGUGUUUCUCAGCGUCGUGACAGCAGUCGAUCACGCCCACAGCUCUCACUCCAAGGCACAGCGACGCGCUGUAUCGGCGGAGAGUGAGCGUGAUGUGAUUGAAAUGGUGAUGCGCAUCGCCACCGCGACGGAGCCGUGUGCGCGCCGCGGAGUUGAUCCGGCGAGUUUGGCGAUGCGGCUGAGCACGCUGCUGCCGUGGAAAGUGCUCCUCCCAGUCUCCCUCAUGCUGCUGCGCCACAGCGGCGCGGCGGCCUCCGUGACCGUCUCCUCCCUCGUCAUGCUGAAUCCUGGUUACCUGUGUACGUUGAACUCGUACAUGCCAACGUGGUGGGAUAGCGUGAACCGCCUUGCCGUGCGGUGCACCCAUGAGCUGCAGCGCGGCCGCUACCAGCGCCUCCCUGGCGAUAUAUUGGCCAUUUUCGAGCAGGUGUACCGCCUGACGAAGCAGUUGUGGGCGGUGCUGCAGUGCGCGCCGUUCCUGUCCGACUACCUUUCUCUUCCCCGUACGCUGCGGUCCUUGCGGAUUGUCGUCGACGUCCUGUCCCCCAUUCUCCAGCACUUCAUCAUCGUGUGCGACGAGCUGUCAACGCGUCGCGCCAUUUUAAGCCGAGCCAACUCCGUCAUCGUCAACGCGGCCCUCAACACCUCCUCCGUGCUGCUCCUCUACCACAUGUACACCACGCAAGGUCCGCAGAAGCACCAUCACGAGAGCUUCUGUGCGCCGCAGGUGGUCAAUGCCACCUACAAUCGUUUGCGCGAGCAUCUCCAGCAGUACGCGCAGGGGUACACGCAGUACUUCUUGCAGGUGACGCAGAACCAGUCCUUUGUUGGGUACAUUCAUUACCUGUGCCCACCAGCGCGUGCCGGCGACGCGUCAGGCGACCACGCAUUGGGACAGGUGCUGCUGUCGCUGACGCAGGAGAUGGCGGACAGCAACGACUUCGCCAGCGCAGCGUGCGGUACUCGCCCGCGCUUCUUCGAGCUGGUCCUACUGGACGUCGUGCGGCAGGGCGUGCACAUCGACGACCUGCUCGCGCGCCACUUUGUGACUCCGGCAGAAGCGUCGAAACUCGGGGCCUCGGAGGACGCUGUCACACGCGCUUUGGCUGGUCUGCCUUCCUUGGAGGUGGCAGCUGCGUCGUCCGCGCCGCACACGCCGGUACCAGAGGCGGCCGGUACAACUGCUGCAUCACCAGCAGCUGCUGCCCCAUCACCUGAAAAGGUCGACGACCCGUUAGUGGCGAUGGUCAUGGACGUCUUUCCCCAGUACUCUCCCGCUGGUAUUCGCGCCGCGUUAAACUUUUACUCCAACGACGUGGAGCAGCUCAUAAUGGACGCGAGCAUGGAGAACUUGCCGCCGCACUUGGUGGGUCCGCUGACGGCUACCGGAUCUUCCGAUGCGGAGGUCGCCGCCGCCUUGGCUGCGGAGGACGAGCGGGUCGGCUCUGGUUCUCCAGAAGCGGCGACGGCGGAUGUGAGCGCUGCGGGCAGCGCCGCGGCCGCCCACCUUCGAGCGAACGACUACGACGACGCCUUCCAGCCGGAGACGCUCUACCGCCUGCUCGGUCGCGAUCUUUACGAGCUCGUCACCGACUCGGACGCGGACGACGCUGUCACGGACGCGACGUCUCGCGGCGUGAUCGCUGGCAACGACAUCGACGAUGACGUGGGCUACCAAACCACGCUGCACGACCAGCGCACGUACGUGUCGGACGCCUUUGACGUCGACGAGGACAUGAAAGCGAAGAUUCGAAUGCUGAACGAGGUGAUGUACGAGGAUGAACUCGAUGACGGGCAGCAGGACGUGCACCUGGCGGGCGGCGACAUCGUCGACGACGCGUCUGACGGUGACGACGUCAACAGCGGUGGUGGUGGUCGCAAUCGUGGACGUGGCCGGCGGGGCGGUGGGGCGGGUGCCGCGGAAAAGCCGGAUAGCCCAGCUCCAGCAGCGCACGCCGGCCCAUCCCCCUCGUCAUCGCCCGCACCGGCCCCCGCAACCGGCGCUGCCGCACCGCCGCAGCGCACAUCGCACGAUGAGUACCACGACAAGCGCUAUCACGAGCAGCGUGCCAAGGAUCGCGUGACGCGCACGAAGCAGAAACAGGCGGAGCGGAAUGAGCGGGUGCCGGCUUACGCGAACAAGAAGAAGACGUCCAAGUCGAAGGUGAGCGGGACGAAGACGAGCUUGCAACGGGCAGUCCGGAAAGGCACGUACGAUCCUGAUGCGUAG